AUGUUUCAGCCGCAAGCGAUCCCUUUCUCGUCCCUUGCUUAUGCCGCGUCAGUAUCAGGCAAUAGCCUACCCAGCGACUAUAAUUUCCAGGCUGCGACGUUGAAUCUAGGAUUAAAUUUUACUGAUCUUGGCUCCUUCGGGAGUCAGAUACAGCGCUACAACAGCACCUUGGAUAACCCACCAACCGCGGACGAUAUGGCCACCCUAGAGGCGCCGGCGAGAGGGUAUCAACCAGACUUGAAAGGACCUUUGGUGGGGGGGGAGAAGAGCACUCACGAUAUCAGAGACGAACACGCAAAGGCCGAUCCAGGCUAUAUGGCCAAAGCUUCACAGUUAUGUCAGACCUACAGUCACUAUCGACCGUUGCUCGACGAUGCCAACUGUCGAUGGCGAUCUAUGAACUUCCCCUACCUCGGGACUUUCCACAAUCUUGGGAGCAAGGACCGGAUAGACGAAGAGUAUGGGAGCAUGAACCUAACAGGCUCUAUUGAAAUGUGGUGCGACCAUCGGAAAUGGAUCUUUGAGGAUAUUAGGGGUGAAGUAAUCAACCUAUUGACGGAUCUCGCUGCCAUACACGUGGGGCCACAAUCAGAUGCAAACUCACUGAUCCUUCGGCGCUUCAACGACGAGGAGGUUUCUAGCGCCAUAAUGUACUACUUCAGACUUUUUGCCAGUGCUUUUUUGAAGGCUAUCUCUGUCACUAACCAAGGCUUCAUUCCAGACGGGGUCGGCAACUUCUGCAAGGACAUGCUAGAGCCUCUGAACAUAGAGGUUGAGAAUCUAGGGGUGACCAUUUUGAUUGACGUCCUCAUGAAUCCAAUGAGUAUCGCCGUCGAGAUUGUCUACCAGGACAGGAGUGGCACACACGUUAAUAGUCAUCUUAUCCGGGCCGAGGAUGAUAAUGGCAUUCCAAUCAACCCUGCUGGACCCACCGUUCACUUUCUUUACCAACCUGGCCACUAUGACAUCUUAUGCAAGUAUACCAACGCUUCCCAAUCUCUACGACAGCAUCAGAUCAUCGAUAGCGCGUCCGCUGCUAGUAAUAUCCGGUUUAACCGUGGUGGCGUCUUCAAUCGUGCUAUGGAUCCAUCGCCGAUACCCAACUUGAACUCGUUUUACCUGCCCGGUACAGUGAACAUACCUGGCCUGUCUCUGGCAGCUCUGAGUAAUCAUGGCUUUCCCUCGACAUAUACCCCCCUCGGCGACUACGAGCCUAUCUUGACACCCACCUAUCCAUUCGAUACAUCAGUGUCGACACCAAACAUGCAGUAUGUCCCACCUAUAUCAGCGGUAUCUCCCCACGACUCUGGCACGCCAAUCGUCCCGGCUGCUGCUCCUUCAGUCCAUAGCGCACCAUCACAACCACAACGCACUCGCAAUCUUCAUGUUGAAGUUCCUCUGUCUAGUUUGGGCAACCAGUUUCGGCACUCCAAGUACGAGUACGAGAGCGACUGGAACGACCCAUCGGCACCGAUCUUCCAGACAAGCAUGUUCAAAAAUAGUCACUAUAAUACUGCACAUUACAGUAACCCUAAUUUCCAGCCGGAAGAAUGGAGUCCGGAUGACGAGGAGACGAGCCAUGCAUCGAGGAGAUUUGACGAAUCACAAGUCGACGUCCACGUGACACUAAAGUAA